AUGGCGACCGCCCUUCACAGUGGCUUCAUGUGUAGCAGGGAUGGAGGGGGGGCAUGUGUCCUGGGGGGCAGGGUGACAGGGAGCAGUUUGAGACCCUCUCCAUUGUUCCCUGUGUGUCCUACAGCCAAGCACGAUGUCAACGGCAACAGGACCGUACCACCAUUCCCCGAGGGACUGCAGAUGGCUAUGUUUGGGAUGGGCUGUUUCUGGGGCGCAGAGAGAAAGUUCUGGAAGCAGAAGGGAGUCUACUCCACCCAGGUGGGCUAUGCUGGAGGCCUCACCCCCAACCCCACCUACGAAGAGACCUGCACAGGUAGGACAGGCCAUACUGAGGUGGUGCGGGUGGUCUGGGAGCCAAAGAAGACCAGCUUCUCUAAACUGCUCAAGGUGUUCUGGGAGAGCCACAACCCAACUCAAGGAAUGCGUCAGGGCAACGACGUAGGAGCGACCUAUCGAUCAGCCAUCUACACAUACACACAGGAGCAGCUUGAACAGGCUCUGGCCUCCAAAGAUGACUAUCAGAAGGUCCUGAUAGAGGGGGGCUUUGGAGAAAUCACCACAGAGAUAGCCGAGAACCAGGAGUUCUACUAUGCUGAGGACUACCACCAGCAGUACCUCAGCAAGAACCCCGGUGGAUACUGUGGCCUGAGCGGCACCGGAGUCUCCUGUCCAAUAGGACUCAAGAAAUAACCACCUCUGUCCAAUAGGGAAUGACCACCAACCUCUGAUUGUCUGAUUUUGACUAGGAAAUGUAAAUACGCAUUUCCACUUGCUCAUUGCAAAAUAAGUAUAUUUUCUAUUCCUUUAAAUGGAAGUCACCUUAAUUAUGAUGCAGUACUGAAGCAUAUUCAGGGUUUAUAUAAAAACAGUCCGUAUCUGAGUCUUGUAUUAAUUGAAAUAGUUCGGUAAUCAAGCACCACAUACAUGAAUGAAUGCACAUUCAGGUUUUAGUGUGCAUUGUCUUGUUUGAAUCAAAUCAACUACAGUAUGUACAUCUGAUUGAACUCUAUGGUGCGUGCUGGUGGAUUAAAUGAUGAAACGGUG